UUAAGUGCAUGAGAGAAAACGAGACAACAUACAGGUUGUCAGUGGUUCGUGUUUGGCUGUCAUUUUGUAAUGGCGUUUUAUUUAUGGCUCGUUCUAGCAAGGCAUCGACUAGUGAAAUAAAUAAAUAAAAUUUGUUAGUGAUGGCCGUGUUGUGACCUUAGUUUUAAAGAUAAACUUUUGUGUAUUUACUCACUGACGUUAUAAUCAUACGUAAUCACAGAAAAGAUGAAGAAAAUGUUUAUAAUCUUAUUCAGUGCUAACCUAAAUAUACUGUCAAAGUGAAUUAAAUUUUAUCACCAGCGUCCCUUGUUUUUAUGGUGUUAUUUUACAAUGGCCUCAAGAGACGACACGGUUACCGUGUCAGUGGUUACAGAGCGUGCUCCAGUAAUCAUAGAAUGCCCCACAAGGACUUUUACAGCUGAGCAAUUGUGCAUUAUUUUAUGCAAGAAGUACAACAUACCUCCCUUGACGCGUACGUUGUUUGCAUUGAGAAUCAAAGGGAGUCGGUAUUUUCUCAAAGACAACUGCGAAGUCUUAUCAAGCUCCAGGGACUAUGAGCUGAGGAUUCGUUUCAAAGUCCCAAGAUUGGGGCUCUUGAUGUCAUUGGAUGAGGUCACCUUUGACUAUUACUUUCAACAAGCCAGAAUUGACAUCAAUGACAAUCAAGUCUCGGAGAUCCGGUAUCCCGAUCAUAAGCAAGAGCUGCUCGGCUUGGGCAUCACGGAUAUGUGCCGUGCCAUAACUGAAGAGAAACUAUCAAUGAAUGAAGUAGUGAGAAACUGUAAAAAGUAUAUACCAAAGAUAAUAAAUAAGCGUCAUGGGCCUUUUCCCAAGCGGCACGCAAACUAUUAUCUCCCCAAGCUAUUUGAGAUGCACUACAGUGUCAAUUACCUGAAAGACAAAUACAUGGUGCAACUGUAUGGGCUCGCGCCGAACUACUUAGCCGAAGAGUACGAGAAUGUUUUGUGGCUGAACGCCGAUAACAUAGUGCCGGUUCGACUCGUUGUAGCGCCAUUCCAUCCCCAGCAGCCCGGUAUUCGGUUAUACGACACGAAUAAAGGAGAGUGGAUGCAAGUAUGCACCAUAGAAGGGCUAAUCUAUUUGAUGCGGAACGGCAAUUGCACCUUGGAGGUGUCGAGAAGGGGCACCCCGUUGUUUUUCAAGUUCAAGUCUGACGACCAGCUGUCGUCGUUUAUUUCUGUUUGCGACGGCUAUUACAGGUUAAUGGUAAAAUGGACGUUCAACUUAUCAAAAGACGACGAAACGCCAUCGUUGAAAGAGUUGCAAGAAAUCAAGUGCCAUGGUCCAGUAGGGGGUGCGUUUUCAUACCGAAAACUGGAAGAGAAACGUGCUAAGAAGCACGGCUGCUAUAUUUUAAGGCAGUGUCAAGAUGACUAUAAUAUUUAUUACUUGGACGUUUGUACGAAAACUCGUACAACAGAAACAUAUAAAAUAGAAUUCAAAGGGCACUGUUACAUGUUCAACAACAACGAGUAUUAUGAUAUUCACGCCAUAAUCAGAAGCCAUCAAGACCCAGAAAAGAAGAUAUUUCUAAACGAGUGUGUGCCACCGUCAGAAUUCGAUCAAUCUCAACUGCUACUAUGUGGCGAGCCGGUGAAAAAAGGAGUGAGAAUAGACCAGACAGAACUGCAGGAGGUAUUGAAGACUAACAAAAGCCCGCGAUGCCUUCUCAAUAAGGACAUCAUGCUAUUCAUAGGCUCAGAGAAAGUGGGAUCCGGCAAUAUAACAGUCACUUACAAAGCGCAUUGGAAUCUGGACGAAACUAAGAAACUUAUUGUUGCAUUUAAAGCUUUACAAAGGGACGAUCAUUUGAAGGAAUUCAUCGAGCUCGCUUCGAAAUACGUGUGCGUGCAUUCGUCUUGCGUCGUGCGAUUGUACGGGGUGACUCUAAACUCGCCUACCGCGUUGGUGCUGGAAUAUGUGCCGUACGGGCCGCUGGACGAUUAUCUAAAAAAACACGGCGAUAAAGUGAAACCACUCCACCUCAAGAAAGUGGCUGCGAUGCUAGCGCGCGCUCUGUGGGACCUCUCAGAAGCGGGGCUUAUCCACGGGUACAUUAGAUGCAAGAGAUUAUUGUUGGCGGCCUGUGACGCCGACCGAAUUGUUGUCAAGCUGUCUGGGCCUAGCCUGAGGCCGUAUACGCCUAUCGACAUCCACUGGAUGCCGGUGGAGUUUUUCCCGGACAUGAACCUGGCGAAGCGCUCGGCCGUGGGCGACAUCUGGGCCUUCGCCACCACGCUGUGGGAGGUAUUCUCCUACGGCGUCUCGCCGGCCGAGACCAACCCCGUCCUCACUGAGAAGAGCUACGAGCUGGGCGACCGCCUGCUGCGGCCGACGCACUGCCCGGGCGAGGUGUGGGCGCUGCUGGCUCAGUGCUGGCGCGCCUCCCCCAUGCGCCCGCAGGAAAUAAUGCGCGACAUCAACCACAUGCUGCACAGAGAAUACGUGCCUAUUCACGAAUAUGAAGAACCAAAGAUCUGCCUCAACCAUCCUAUGGAUACUACAGACACAGUGUCAAGCGACAGGUUUGCGCCAAGUGAGCUAAGCGACGCGAGCAGUAACAAGUCGCUAAUAUCGGACAGCAGCGCGCCUUCUCUCAACGGCACUCUUGUCAACCACUUUGAAAACCACUUCCCCAACAACAACAAACUAGCCAGCUCCCUCGAAGGCAUGAGUUCCGUAGCGCUGGCGCUGCGCUCGUCGUCUUCGCUGCGUAGCGCGAGUGCGAGCGCGCCGCUCGCCGACGACCCGGGAGAACAAUUCGUGGCGGGAGGGCAGCCGCGACGAAUGCAACCGAUUGUCACGCGAGGGUCUACGUACUUUGUGACGCUGACUAAGAGGAUUGGAAGCGGCAACUACGGCGAGGUGUACCGCGGCUGGAUGGAGUGGGACACGGACGAGCGGCUGGAGGUGGCCAUCAAGAAGCUCACCAAGCAGGCGCACGCCAUAGACAAGGACAGCACGCUCUACAUCGACUUCAAGAACGAGCUCGAGAUCAUGAAGUCGUUGAACCACAACAACAUAGUGAACAUCCUGGGCUACUCGUGGAAGCCGGACGUGAUGAUCGUAAUGGAGUACCUGGAGGAGGGCUCGCUCAACUACUACCUCAAGUUCCAGGGCGACAAGCUGUCCAUCACGCACCUGCUAAUAUACGCAAGGGACAUCGCCACGGGCAUGGAGUACGUGUCCCGUAAGAACAUAGUGCACCGCGACCUGGCCACGCGGAACAUCCUCGUGGUGGACAAAUACCACGUCAAGAUCUCCGACUUCGGGCUCGCGCGCGCCAUCCCCAAGGACGACGACAAGUACAAGCUCAAGACCGAGCGAUUGCUGCCCAUCAACUGGUACGCGCCCGAGUCUGCGAGUGACCCGUGGAUGUUUUCGACCAAAAGCGACGUGUGGUCAUUCGGCGUCACAGCGUGGGAGAUAUUCACGCGCGCCACGCAGGAGGUGCCCAAGUUCGACAUGACGCGGCCCAAGGAGCGGGCUUCUUGCUUUCAAAUACCCGACGACUGCCCAUCUGAGAUCUACCGAUACCUGAUGACCGAUUGCUGGAACCUUGAGCCAAACCGGCGGCCCACCUUCACAGAACUCAAGAUUAAGGCCAAACGCUUUCUAGAGGACUACGACCAGGGCACGUAAGAACAUCCUAUACACAUAAUUCCAACAUGGAACUGAGUUUUAUACAGCAUUUUGACAGUGCGUUUGAUACCUAAGUACGGAAGUUUUGUCAUGAAUUUGUUGAAAAAUUCUGAACAAAUCGAACGAACGUUUUUAUGUAUUUUGCAAUAUCCUAAAGUUUUUACAGACGGUUUAAAUUAAUUUGCACAAAUAUACAGCAAUAGAUGAGCCAUUUUAUAUUAUUCUCGGUUAUUUUAACAUUUUAUAAUAGUUGUUUACUUAUUUAUUUAUAAUGUUGCACAAUUUUCUAAUUCGUAUGUUUUCUUUGUAAUAAAGACUACGAUUUUAAGAGCAAUCAGUAAGAUGGCUCUAAAAUAUUCUUGAUAAUAAUUUUUUAGACAUUGAGUAUCAAAGAUUAUAAAAAAACGAAUGUCGAAAGAAGUAGAUAUGAAUUGAAAAGAGAUUAUGGAAAUAAAUGUUUUAAAAUAUAAAUUCCGGUCAAUUUGAUAGUAAAUAUGAAGCAACAUGAAUGAUGAAGUUUGAUAAAUCUGUAAAUAUGAUGAAAAUGUGUUUUUGUGGUUCCUCGAAGCAUUUGCCUUAGUUCUUUAUUGAAACUUUAUUGUAAAUAUUUUGUUAAAUCAAUUUACUUUUAGCUUGUAAGUUAAAAUCGCAAUCUCAGUUUGUAUUUAAGUUUUAAUAUGUGCAAUCAAAUGUAAUGCAAUCUGAUAAAUAAAAACCGCAGUCCUAGCAGUUUAAGUUCAAAUGAAGAAGUAUUUGAAACAGAUAUUGAAGGUAUUUUCACAAUCCUGCGUGAGUUACGUGGGGCAUAUGUAGUGCGUGUAUAUUUGUAUGAGAAGUCGAAAGCACCGCGUACGCACCGUUUCAUUCUCAUAAGAACGGCAUACGCCCCGCGCACAUAAUGUGGUUCUAUGAAUAUGCCUUGAGAGGUACCGUAAACCUAUGCAUCCUUGCCAUAUCCGAAAGCAUUUUAAAUGUAUUAAAAUGCAUAUG